AUGAAGCUCACUCUUUGCCUUUUGGCCAUUGUGUCAAUGGCUAUGGCCCAUUUCCAUCUGCAGUACCCUGAAUCACGUGGUUUUGUUGAAGAUACCAUGAGCCAAUUCCCUUGUGGUGGACUUUCCCAGUCCAGCAACCGUACUCAGCUGCCUCUUUCUGGAUCGUUCCCUCUUGCUGUGAAAAUGGGCCACAGCCAAACUGCUGUUGAGGUUCUCAUCUCUCUUGGUAGCAACCCCGGUGAUAACUACAACAUCACCCUCGUGCCUACCUUCCAGAUUGAUGGCCUUGGCGAAUUCUGCCUGCCUCACGUUGAGAUUACUGAGAAGUUGCUGGGUGCUAAUCUGACCAAUGGUCUGAAUGCCACAAUUCAGGUCCAAAGUGAUGGAGACCCUACUGGAGGUCUAUACGCUUGCGCCGAUGUCCAAUUUGUUUCUAGUGUCACCUACACCACACCUUCUGCUUGCUCAAACAAUACUGGUGUUUCUGCCGUGGCUUUCACUGGAGCUGCGGCAUUACGCAAUGCCAAUGAGUCCACCGCUGAUGGCCAAGCCCAGUCCUCUUCAAAUUCAUCCACUACUUCCACAUCUACCUCUACCUCAAAGGGAGCUGGUGUCCCAUUGCAGACUGCUGCAUGGGGCGUCCUUGGAGCCGCUUUUGCUGGCGGUUUGGCUGUGCUAUAA